AUGGUAGAUCACUUGGCCAUGGGAAAUGAAGGGGUUACCGUUUCUGGUUUUCAAAAGAGUGGUUUCAAAAAUACUGCAGGAAUGUCAAGAACUAAUAGCAUAAAGCAGCCUUCACAGCUGGGAAUACGGAAUAUUCUGAUGGAAUUGGCUAAGAAAGAAAUCAAAAAGAAACUAAAUUCACGGAAACCGGCUUCUCUAUCAGCUGGUUCAGAUAAACCAAAGGCUUUUGACGAGGGGAUAAAUGAUAAGGAUGAAGGAAACGGAAAAUAUGCCCUAAAUAUGAAACGUGAUGCACGCGAAUCCAUGAAGUGUGUCGGUAUCAAGUCUAGUAUUGAGCCUAAAAGGUCUUAUACUGAUUAUUCUCAUGUCAAUCUUGCUACAAAGGAACUUGAUCCAAUGACCAUGAAUGUUCCAGAUCCAGAUUUUCACGAUUUUGAUCAGGAUCGUACUGAAAAGUCAUUCGGUGAGAACCAGGUUUGGGCUGCUUAUGAUGAUGAUGACCGGAUGCCUCGUUAUUAUGCGGUGAAGUGGUCAAAAGGAUGGAAAGGAGCAAUUCAAAUAUAUCCGAGGAAGGGAGAUGUUUGGUCUCUCUAUAGCAAAUGGCCCCCUGAUUGGAAUGAGCUUACACCUGAUGAAGUGAUACGCAGCUAUGACAUGGUUGAAGUGCUCGAAGAUUACAAUGAGCAAAACGGUGUUGCUGUUGCUCCGCUUGUUAAGAUCCCCGGGUUCAAGACCGUGUUUCGACAGCAUUGUGAACAGAGUAAAACGUGGAUGAUUCCAAGAGAAGAGUUGUUUCCCUUUUCUUACCAGGUCCCUUCUUGUUUGCUCACAGGUCAAGAAGGUCUGAAUGCUCCUAAGGUUUGCUUGGAGCUUGAUCCCGCAGCUAUACCAUUGGACCUUCUUCAGGUAUUAACAGAAGCUCAAGCGAAAGAAAUGGAGGUGAUCACCGAAACAGUUCAGGAAAUGAAACCAAAUAUUCGGGUAGAAUCUGCCGAACAAGCUGUUAUCAAAGAAGAGGCUAAGGAAGAAAAUGAAAAUAAGAAACCCCCGAUGCAUGUUUACGGUGGACGGCAACAAAGAAAACGAGAAACAUAG